AGGUUAACACCUAUUAAAAAUAAAUCUCUAACAAUUCCACGGUUGGAAUUGCUUGCAAUACAAAUAGGAGUUCGCCUAACAGACUUUAUUUUAAAGGAAAUGCCCGUAAACAUAUCAACAAUAAAUAUAUACAGUGAUUCUAAAGUAGCCUUGCAUUGGAUACAAUCAAACGAAAACAAUGGAAUCUUCGUAGGAAAUAGGGUAAGAAACAUAAAACAAGCCAUGUACAAAUGGUUGCAAAGUAAAAAAGUGAGCCUUCGCUACAUUUCAACAGAUAUGAACCCAGCAGAUUUAGCUACAAGAGGGUUACCAAAAUCACAAAUGAAUAGUCAAAUCUGGUGGUAUGGUCCAGAUUUCCUGAGGAAACACGAGGAGGAAUGGUCUGAUACAGAAGCAUUUGAAUGGCAAGACAACAAUACUACAGAGCUGACAGAUCUACAAAUACCUAUUGCAGCUCACCUCACUUCAACCGACAAGUCACAAUAUCUGCGUUUUGAACAAUAUUCAGAUAUUUUCAAAUGUAAGAAAAUAACUGCGUUAGUACUUAAAGCAUUGAAAGCCAUGUUGUACAAUAAACUUUCAACAAACAAGCAAACCAAAUUAGAAAAAACAAUACCUGAAAUAGUUGCCGUAGGAGAUCAAAAACCACUUGCCCUAACCACAACCAAGGAUAUCGAGGUAGCUGAAACAAUCAUAUUGAAAUUGAAUCAAAGGGCAAAGAACCAACACGAUUAUCAAGAAUUGGGUAUUUUCAAAGACGAAAAAGGGAUAUUACGUUGCAGAGGGAGAGUUAAAACAGAACACUGGUUAAGAGACACAAAAGAACCUAUUCUCUUGGACCCACAACAUCCUACGACAAAAGCCAUAAUAAGGCAAUAUCAUCAAAAUUGCGGUCACCAAGGCACUAACGCAACACUUGCAAAUAUACGAUCGCGUUUUUGGAUACCACGUGGGCGACAAAUAAUUAAAAACUGUUUGAACAAAUGUGUCAUUUGUAAAAGAUGGAAUGGAAGACCGUACCUAUAUCCUGACUCUCCUCCUCUACCAAAAGAACGCACUGAUCCCUGUCGACCAUUUCAAUACGUCGGUAUCGAUCUGGCGGGCCCGUUCAAAACGGCAACUGCAAACAAUGAGGAAGUCAAAAGAUGGGUCGUUUUGAUAACGUGUAUGACAACGAGAGCAAUACACUUGGAAAUAGUAAACAAUCUGAGUGCGACACAAUUGGUAGACGCGCUUAGACGAUUCUCAGCGCGCAGAGGCCAACCACAAACAAUAAUUUCCGAUAAUGCAACUAAUCUGAAAUUAGGACAAGAAAUCGUCGAAGAAAUAACGAAAGCGAGCAAUAGUUGUAAUAUUGGCAACUUUCUGACUGCAAAAGGAAUUGAAUGGAAAUUUAUAACCCCUCUUUCUCCCUGGAAGGGAGGUUUUUAUGAACGCCUUAUAGGCGCAUUAAAACUAGCUCUCAAAAAGACUUUUGGUCGUAGAAUCCCAAAGACUACCGAGUUUGAAACUAUUAUAACAGAAUGCGAAGCUAUGGUAAAUUCACGACCCAUGACAUAUGCAGGAAGCACUCUAGAUGAUUCAGUUAUCUUGCGGCCUAUCGACUUCCUGUCACCACGAGCAAAAAUCGAUCUUAUUCCAGCGCAAGGAGAGGAAACGCAAGGCACAGAUGAUAGUUAUCUUCCAUCGAUCACUACAAAAGGCCAAGCCAUAGAGUAUUAUGAGAAGGUGAAAAAACAUCUGGCAAAUCUUUGGGAAUUAUGGAACCAACAAUAUUUAUUAGAACUCCGAAAUCACCACCAAAAAAGAAUACGACAAAAGCAAUUCACUCGCAAACACCCUAAGAUGGGAGAAGUCGUAAUUAUAAUGGAUGACAGCCAGCCAAAAGGAAAUUGGAACUUAGGACUGGUAAUAGGACUGACGAAGGAUAAAGAUGGAGAAAUCAGAUCUGUGCAACUAAAAACUGCAAAAUCUACGAUUGAGCGUUCAGUAAAUAUGCUCAUUCCAUUAGAACUAGACGAAGAAAACGGUAAAAUCAACGGAAAAAUUGGCAAUGAAGUAAACUUCCAUGAAAUCGUGCUUAGUGAAGCAGACAACAGCGAAGAAAGAAAACAAGACAUAGACGGCGAAUCAAUAGAGGAGAGCUCGGUAAGGGAACCAGAAAAAUCAUUUACCGUGCAAUUUCCUCCUGAAGUAACUUUACACACUUAUCAAGUGCAUGUAAAAUAUUCAGUAGGCAAUUCAACAAAAUCUUCAUACUGGGCUUGUCCUCCAAGCCCUUACUGUGAACAAAUUAAAUGCAAUUUUUGCACUGCAAUGGUCUCUAACCCAGAAUGUUGGCCACACAUAGCAAUCGGUGUUUCGGUAAUACUGAUGUACCUAGGAAUACUCACUCUUUAUCUAUUAGCAAAAGCAUUAAGGAAAGAGGAUAUUCCACUGAUAGAACUACGGAAUCACAGAAAAGGAAAAUGGGAGCCCUCGACACUAAUAAAAAUAGUCGCCUUGAGCACAGCAACUUGGUGUAUAGCAGAGGCUUGCCAACAGAACAUUGUUAUUCAGUCAUCAACCAUCCAGUGCAUCAACAAAGAAAAAAAUUGCACAAAGCAUCAAACAGUGAUAGGGAAACUAAGUUCUUCACAGCCAGAAUUAUGCUUAUAUCUGCAAAAUCGGGAAGAGACACAGCACAUAAUAAAAAUCACGUUGCAGGAAAUCGUCUUAAGAUGCUAUAAGGAAACACUAUACUUCACAAGAAACACCGAAGUAAGAGUGCAAUACCGCAAAAGAUGCCCUCAUAUGGGAUCAUGCACAGGUAAAAAGUGUGCAGCUAUAACACCAGAAAGCAAGAUCGAAGAAUUAUCAUUAGCAAAUAACUACUCGGGAAUCACAUAUUGCACAGAAUCAUGCGGAGGAUUAGGCUGUUCAUGCGGUUAUCCCUCUUCAGGGUGCCUUUUUUAUAGAACCUACCAUGUACCUGUCGACAACCUGAUUUAUGAAGUCUUUGAAUGUCCUUCGUGGCAAGAAAAGGCAAAUAUAAUAUAUGAAGAAUUCCAGAACAGCAAAACAGCAAGGUACAAGGUCGAAUUGGCCCCGCAAGUGAUGAAACCUUUAGGAAAUACUAAAAUCAAAAUAACUUCAAUGGAUUGGAACCCCAUUACACUCUUAUCGAAACGUUUCAUAACAAAUGAGAAAAACACAGCAUACUUAGAAGAAAAAAUCUCCUUCAGUUACGCCUGCCAAAAUAAGACAUUGGCAAUUAACACAUGCAACAUUAAAGACACAUGCAAAUGUAAUCCCGCAGAAGACUAUGUGAACUGCUAUUGCAGCAAUAACAAUGCCAGUGACAGUAUGCACCUCUACAACACACUGCCAGUGCCGAUACCCAACGGUGCGAUAACCAUAGAAGGAAAACAUAAGGUACCAACAGUAAGAAUACGUUCUACAUCAACUGAAAUAGCAAUCGUACUCGAUCCUUCAGUUAUGUACGUAAGGCAAGAAAUUACAGAAUUUUCAUGUCAAAUAGUUCCAAAAGGAAUAAUAGGAUGUUAUAAUUGUUGGAAAGGCGCAAUAGCCACUUUAAUUUGCUAUUCAAGCGUCCGCUACGCUACAACACAGGUAGACUGUAACGCACAUCAGUUUUUAAUCACUUGCUCAAAGGAUGGUACGGAAAAUAAC